CGAGUGCGAGAGGGUGUGUGCCUCGCUGCGCCGCCGGAAUCCGUCACAGACGUGGUGUCGUUUCCUGUCGGGGCUCCUGCGCUUCGACUCCUGGCGAGAUGAGGAAGCGGCGGGUCUUUCGCAUCACGAUCGUCACGGCGGCGAUCAUCAGCGUCAUCUACUUCGCCCUCGUCACCACCACCACCCACGCCAAGAGGAAACGACGGAGGAUCGGAACGGACAACGCCAGCCACCACGUCUCGGGGCCGCCCAUCUCCGUCGUGGAAGCCGUCGGGUACCUCGCGGGCGGCUUCGUCAGGGACAAGGAGCACGACCCCUUCGCCCGCCACGCCUUCAACGCCCGCGCCUCCAACUCCCUCCCGAACGACAGGAAGCUGCCGGACACGAGGGACCCCAAAUGUGGACAAGUGGCCUACGACAUCGAUUCUCUCCAAACAGUGUCAGUGGUCAUCACCUUCCACAACGAAGCGAGGUCUGCGCUGUUAAGGACAGUUAUAAGUGUCUUGACCCGAACGCCAGAUGACCUGCUUGAAGACCUAAUACUCGUGGACGACGCGAGUGACGACCCUCAAGACGGCCAGCUCCUCGCAGGGUUGCCAAAGGUGCGAGUCAUAAGGAACGACCAGAGACAAGGUCUCAUCAGGUCAAGGGUCAGAGGCGCCGACGCAUCUCAGGGCGAAACCAUCUUCUUUCUCGACUCACACUGCGAGGUCAAUCAGGGAUGGGCUGUCCCCUUGCUGGAGGUUCUCAGGGAGAAACCCAAAACUCUUGCGUGUCCUGUCAUUGAUGUCAUUGACCAGGAAACCUUGGACUACCAUGCAACAGGGACAGUGCUUAAAGGAGGUUUCGACUGGGGUCUUCACUUCCGCUGGGUUCCUUUGACACAGGAGGAAAAGGAUAACAGAGAGGACCCCACUUCGACUUACAGAACACCCGUGAUCGCUGGCGGCCUCUUCCUCAUCGCCAGAGACUGGUGGGAGCAGCUCGGCAAAUACGACCCCGGACUCGACGUGUGGGGCGCGGAGAACCUGGAGAUGUCCUUCAAGGCCUGGCAGUGUGGCGGGGGCGUGGAGGUGGUCCCGUGCAGUCGAGUGGGACAUAUUUUCCGCAAACGACAUCCCUAUUCGUUUCCGGAGGGGAAUGCUAAUACUUAUUUAAGGAAUUCUCGUAGGAUCGCCGAGGUUUGGCUGGACGAGUUCACGCAUUUCUUCUACGAGACGCGACCCAACGCAAUCAACAAACCCUUUGGCGACGUGAGCGAGCGGAAGGAGAUAAGGGCGAAGCUGAAGUGCCGCGGCUUCGGCUGGUUCCUGAAGACGACGUACCCGGAGCUCUCCACGCCCUCCAAGCACGAGCUCGCCUACGGGCAGCUGCGGCAGGGAGACCUAUGCUUGCAGGGACCCGAGAUCGACCCCAAGCAACGCCAGCGGAGGUCGUCUCAGGAGGUGCUCGUCGAGGUCGUCAUGUGCGUCGGGGGCAAGCAGGGUCAGGAAUGGUCGCUGACCCAGGACGGCGCCGUGACCCAGAGCGGCGCCGUGACUCCUGGCGGCGUGGCGGCGGAGGGCGUGGGGUGCCUGGCGGUCCUCUCGCACGACGACGCGAGAGUGUUCGUGCAGGAGUGCCAGGCGGGGCCGCGGCAGCGCUGGCUCCGGCAGGGGCGGAGGCUGCAGCACGCGGCCUCGGGCAUGUGCCUGGACUCGGCCAGCAACGAGGGCGCUCUCGUGCUGCCCUGCCGCGACAGCCUCCUCUCGCAGCAGUGGGACUUCUCCGUCGAGCUGCAGGCGCUCACCACGCUCUAGGGGCCCCGAGGCGACCGGCUGCGACGCUACAGCUGACCCGCUUCGCUUGACUUCGGCGAAAUUCCCAGCGGCUUGUUAGUGAAAAUCCUCCCACCGCCUCGUAUUGCAGAAUACACUUCCAUUUCCAACCAAAGCUCUGUAACCUCCCCCCCCCCCCCCCUCUCCACUCGUCUCCCGCAGAAGUCUCUCCCGCGAAGCCGUUCGUUCUCCAUUCUGUUCCUGUGCGAAUCCCUUACUUAAAGCACUGGUGAAUCCAAUAUCAUAUAAAUAGUGGAAUUCUAGCGACACUGUGCUACCUGGAGCAAGCACACAUACAUAACGUUUAGCUCUCCCCUGAACGCUAAUUAAACCCAUUUUUAAAAAUAUCAGCAACAUUAUUAUCUGAUGUUCCCGAGAUGUUUUGCUAUACUCUGUUAAAUACUCCUUAAUCGCCACCGUGUUCCGAAGCAUCUCCUGUCAUCACGACGUCUUCAUAUCAGCCAUUGUGACAUCCAUAUCACAACUGACGUCAUCCAUCGCCUCCUCACCCAGCCUUUGCUCUCAUGGCAAAAAUCACUUUCAUUUUUUUAUACAUGAUUUUGUACAUACUAUUCUUAACUUCCUCCACACUCUUUAGCUUCGUUUUUUCGUCUGUGAUAGAUUAUCUAUUUUUUUUAUUAGGCAGUUUGCUAAUUAGUGAAGAUUCCUGCAGCCAAGAGUCGAAGGAAAAUAAACUCUCUUAAACAACCCGGAAUUAAACGGUCAUGUUGCCUUAUUAUUAUUCAUGGAGUGUAAGUGUUUACUUAAAAGUGUCACUAGUGUAGAUUUUUUUUUAUUUUUAUUUCAGUCGAAACUAGAUGUGAUGUUUUUAUUUUCAGUCGAAAGUAAAUAUACAGACAAGUGAUUUUACUUCCAUCGAAAGUAAAUAGACACUCCGAGGUGAUUUUAUUCCAGUCGAAAAUUAAAUACACCGAUUGAAGUGAACUGUGUCUUAUUUCUGGGUUGAAAGUAGAUAUAUAUAUAGAUUGAAGUUAAUUGUUUGUGUGUGCGUGUUUUAGACUGAAAGGAAAUAUAUAGAGUGAAGUGAGUUAGUGUUAGGAUAGAGUAAUAUCUAUGCCAGUCCAUGCGUUGUGAACAUAGUGAAUGCCAACAUAUCCCACGUACGAGAUACAUAUCACAGAAGGUGCCAACUUUUCCACGCGUACUCUGUGCACAUGCCACAGGUUGCCAGCAUGGAUUAUAUAACACUAUAAUCUUCGAAUCUACCAUAUCUUUAGUGGUUGCAACUUGUAUUAACCACUUGAUUAAACAUUCCAGAUCAAUGUUACAUUACAAUUAUGAAGUUUGUUCUUUUUACCUUCAUUUAUUAACAGAUCGAGUGAUCGAAAUGUGAUAUUUAUAUAAUCAUGAUCAAAUAUCAACAAUUCAGUUAUUUAUUUCAAUUUUGCUUUAUACAUUAAAAAAAAUAAAUUACAGGUGAAUUAUAGGAAAGAAAAUGUUAGACAAAGCAUAGCGAUCUCUUAUUUUUUCGUUAUAUAUAUUUCCCUUGAGUGUUUUAAUGGGAAAGAUUAUUUAUUUCAUAUAUAUAUUUAUUGGUGUCAGAGAGUGAGCAGUAUUGCAGAAGAUGUUGUAUAUGGUUUGAGUUUGAUUAUGAGUUUUGUGUCGUGUUCUGUUGACUAAGUUAAUAAAAAGUGAUGGGAAU